GGGGACAGAGAGCAAUGUGCCUUUCACAGAGCUCGGAGCUUGAUGGGAAUGUUUGAUUAGCUCCUCUCUGAAAGAAAAAAGGUGUCCAGGCCUCCCUCUGCUGCCUGCCUCUCCUUCUCUAGAAUAAUGUUGGCUGGAGUUUGGGAUACAGAAAAGCUUGGAAAAAAACCCACUUUCAUACUGUGUGGAGAAAAGGAAUAAAAAGUUGCACACCUCCAGCAAGUGCUCCUUAGUGACACAUCCAGAUUUUGCUUCACUCACCAUGAGGGCCACAGUCAUUGCAACCUUCUUUGGUGUGUUUCUUACGUGUACAUACACAGCCAAGGAAGCCACAAAGAAGACAAAAAAGGCUAAGCUAUAUGUACCCCAGAUUGAUUGUGAUGUCAAGGCAGGGAAGAUAAUCAAUCCAGAAUUCAUUGCAAAGUGCCCUCCGGGAUGUCAAGAUGUAAAACACCGUGUUUAUGGCACAGACAUUUAUGCUUCUUUCUCCAGUGUCUGCAAUGCUGCAAUUCACAGUGGUAUAAUUGACAACACAGGUGGGAAGGUUCUUGUCCAGAAAGUCGCCGGGCACUCUGGUUACCGCGGGAGCUUCUCCAACGGUGUCCGGUCCCUGUCACUGCCGCGCUGGAGGGAAUCCUUCCUGGUGUCAGAGGGCAAGCCAAGAAAAGGUGUGUCAUAUCCUUCAACCCUUGAAUAUUCUUCUUCAAAAAGCACAGCUGUUAAAUCAGAGCCCAAAAAAACAGAGCAAGACCUAAAAGGUACGAAGAGUGCAGACAUCUCUAACACAUCAGAAAAGGCAUCAGAUCAAGGGGACACAGCCCGCAAAGAGCACCAGACAACUCCGGUGCCGACGCCAGGCACAGAAAUGGCCACCACCACCCCCACAGCGACCACCAUGACGACAGAGCCUUCCACCACAGUGCCACAGCCAACCACAGCCCCUGCAGCACCCAGAACCACAGCAGCUCCAGCCAAGGCCAGACCUGGACUGCACAGGGGCAGAGAUAUGGGUUCUAGCAGUGUCCACCCAGCAUAUGCAUCUGUGGUAGCUGCAGCAGCAAGACAGGUUCAGGCCGCACAAGGAAGAGGACAGAAUACAGCAUUCAGGGGCACUUCCACCUCUGCAAGUAACAGGAAUAUUUUACUACACAAUACAGGUGCUCAGCACCAAGAACCUGCUGCCACCUUCCAGAGCGCUGCCAGCUCUCCAGUCCACCUGGCAAUGGAAAUAGACUCAUGGAAACCUGGACUGAGCCUUUUUGACACAGGCUUCAGUUCAAAGGAAGAAUUGAAUCCAAAGCCGCUGGAAUCCAUCUCUCAGGGGAAUCAGAAUUGCAAGGUUGAUUUGUCCUUCUUAAUGGAUGGGAGCUGGAGCAUUGGCAAACGCCGCUUUCAGCUCCAGAAGCGGUUCCUUGGUAACGUGGCUCAAGCCCUUGGCAUCGGCAGUGCAGGUCCUCUGAUGGGCAUUGUUCAGUAUGGGGAUGACCCUUCCACAGAAUUUAACUUAAAAACUUAUGCCAACUCCAAGGAUCUAAGGAAUGCCAUUGAGAAAAUUCAACAGAAAGGGGGACUUUCCAAUGUUGGGAAGGCACUUUCAUUUGUUAACAAAAACUUCUUUCUGGAUGCUAAUGGAAAUCGAGGUGGAGCACCCAACGUGGUUGUAGUGAUGGUGGAUGGGUGGCCAACCGACCGAGUGGAAGAGGCCUCCAGGCUGGCCAGAGAAUCAGGGAUCAACAUUUUCUUUGUCACUGUUGAAGCAGCUGCUCAAAGUGAAAAGCAGAAUGUUGUUGAACCAAACUUUGUGGACAAGGCAGUGUGCAGGACAAGCGGUUUCUAUUCCAUCAACGUGCCCAGCUGGUUCAGCCUGCACAAGGUGGUGCAGCCCCUGGUGAAGCGGGUGUGCGACACCGAGCGCCUGGCUUGCAGCAAGACGUGCCUCAACGCCGCCGACAUCGGCUUCGUCAUCGACGGCUCCAGCAGCGUCGGCACCGGCAACUUCCGCACGGUUCUGCAGUUCGUGGCCAACAUCAGCAAGGAGUUCGAGAUUUCGGACACCGACACGCGCAUCGGGGCCGUGCAGUACACCUACGAGCAGAGGCUGGAGUUCAGCUUUGACAAGUACAGCACGAAGCAGGACGUGCUGAAUGCCAUCAAAAGGAUCAGCUACUGGAGCGGGGGCACCAGCACGGGAGCAGCCAUCAGCUACGCCUCGGAGCAGCUGUUCAGCAAGUCCAAACCCAACAAAAGGAAGAUCAUGAUUCUCAUCACAGAUGGCAGGUCUUACGACGAUGUCAGCGUGCCAGCCAUGGCAGCUCACCAAAAUGGAGUCAUCGCUUAUUCCAUUGGAGUUGCUUGGGCAGCCCCAGAUGAACUGGAAGCCAUUGCAUCAGACCCCGCUAAGGAGCAUUCCUUCUUUGUGGAUGACUUUGACAACCUCUACCGCUACGUUAAUCAGCUCAUCCAAAACAUUUGCACAGAAUUUAAUUCCCAGCCACGGAACUGAUGGACUCCAGCAAGGCAGGACCCUUGGGUGCUGUGCUGAAGGCAUGACAAGUGCCACAGAAAUAAUGCCAGUCCUCAGUUCAAGAAACACUGGAGGUGUUUCCCUCUGGUACUUUCCAGUCAGCAAGGUUGAUUGCAGCUCUGUCCCUGUGCAUGAUAAUGCUCGUGUAGACUGUUGAUUUUUAUUUUUUUUUUUGUUGUGGGCAUCAGAAACUCUGAUUUACAUGGACAGCAGAAGAGGCAGUGAACAUGGAGGAAAUAACUGCAGCUCUUUGAAGAGCUGCUUCCAGCACAGAGCCCCAGUUUGCUCAAUUCUCACCUUUGGACACACACAGGUUCCUUAGAAGUGCCACCUGCUCCCUGAAGUGACCAGGUCCCUUCAGGGAGUGGCCAAGCUGCUGAGCUGCUGUGGUAGAAACACCUCAUGUGGCACUGCCUGCCAGAUGACACACAGAUCAGGGCUCAAAUACCAGAUGGAGGGGGAACACAACUUGAGUACCUUCUUAAAAGCAGGUAUUCUGUCCACACUGCUGUCUUGUCAGAAAGUUAAGCUUCAGCUAGUGUCAACUGAAGCACUGGGAUUUAUCCAAACCCUGAGAAACUGGAAAGCAAGAGAGAGGAAAGGUUCAAACCCCAGGACCCUACAACUCUGCCUCCUUUACAACCCUAAAAGCCCAAUAAAGCCCCAGAUCCACAGAGCAGCCAACAUGCAGGAACUGGAAUCUAGUCUCCCACAACACUGGAUUAAUUACUUGACCUUGAGAUGUGUCUGUCCCCUCAGCUUCUUCCUUCCCUCUUGGAUGGUUCAAGGCCUGCAGGACCACCGGAGUGUUGCCAGGACACAGGAGACUCUGAGAAAAACUGUGGGUUUAAGCUGCUCACAGUCACUAAAACAUUUAAACUCAUCACUCUGUCAUUAAACCAACACUCAGAAGUGCAGUCUCAGUGUCAGGAGAGCUAUUCAAGAACAAUUAACAGGAUUUAAGAGGGAAUUAUCUGAAGUUCUGUAUUGUACACUGGGAAAAGCAGAAUUUCAAGCCUUUAGAUACUCUCCCUCAAAUUUAGGACCGGCUUUUCUUUUAUGGACUGAUUUCAAAAUGUACCUAUUACAGCCCUGGAUCUGUCAGAACACACAGUGGUUUCUUAAGUGAAGAACUACCCAUGUCACUAGUCAGUGCAGGAGGAUGGACACACUAGGAGGACCAAAAAAACUCCACUCUAUUUAGGAAGCAGCAGUUGCUGGUUAUGUUCCAUCCAGUAUCAUUAAAGAAAAUACAUUCAUUAAGCAAAGUUAUCAAAGGAGCCAAUAAAAACAUGAGUGUUCACACUCCUUACAGCAAUCAAAGCCAUGCUGUGCCAGGCUUGUGGAACUAACAGGAAAUGGAAAGAAAUUAAAACUCAGAUUUCCUAUAUUACUUGCAAAUCAGGCUCUUAACAGCAUUUAUAGUUUUAAUAACCAUGAGCCAAGAUAUUUAUUAGCCACAUAAAUUCUAAUUGAAUUGCCAUAGGGCAACUCAUUUUAUCAGCAAAAGUAGCACUAUUUUUAAAAUCAUUAUGUUUGGAAAUAUGACUGAAGUAGCUUAUAACCUGUCAACUAAGUAAGCACAACACAAAUUAAUGAAAACAGCAGAUUUUGCAUGAUCCCCCUGGUGGGGUAACAUAAGCCAGGCUGGGGUCCUCUCAAGAGGUUAUCAAAACCAAUUUUGGAUGAAGCAGUGGUUUCACACAGUGAAAGUUCAUCACUUCCCAUUAGAAGAAACAUUAAGUUCCAGCUUUAACUGAGUAUCACAAAUUCAACCAUUCUAGCCAGACUGAAAGCACAGGACACUGUCAGCAUCCACAAAUAUAUUUGUAUGCAGAGUUUUUACCACUAAGCUCAGCUGCUGCACUUCACUGCAAUAGCUUUUGGCUUGAAAAAAUUAUUAAGGACAGAGAGUUAGGCAUGAGGCAUGAGCAGAGCAACUCCUGAUAUCCCCCAUCUCCUGACCCAGCUCCUCACUACCCUUCUGCUGAACACAUCUUUCUCUGUCAACAGGGGACAUUACAUGGCUUGGACAAAACUCAAACCCAUUAACUGAAUUUACUGGGGACUUCAGUUCAGACACCAGAUUUAUUGUCUAAAACCUGUUUGAUUUGGGGCUGCCUGAGAAAAAGGCCUUAAUCCUAACUUACGGUUACCCUUAAUACUGUGGUUUAAUUUUUAAUGCAGCAGCUCACCACCACAAAUUGUUCUCCAUACUGAAUGUACUCUUGCAGCACCGAAGAUUGGUACCCUGCAGAGACUCCCCAAUGCUUCACUUGUGCAGUGGUGGCUGAGACAUUGGGAGCAGCUAGAGCACACGUGCUCUUUAGGAUGUGCUAAGGGAUAUAUGCAUAUGGGACAUAAUUUUUUCCUAAAGCUUAAAGUUUAAGCAAUGACAUUAAGCUUUCAAAUGCUUUUUCACAGGAAAGUUGCACAGCUAUAUUUUGUCAAGCAUUUAUAAGGGACACGUCAGGGUUUGUUGUUCAAAUGGUUUAUCUUAAGUUUAGAGAACAACUAUGGUGCUUGUUUCUCAAUGUGCAUUUUUAUUUACUUCUUGGGACUAUCUUGAAAUUGUCAAUACUCAAACCAUGAAAGUGGUUUAAUCCAACUCUCAUCUAAACAUAGAUGUCCUAUUCAUAAGCACCGUAAACAUAAGUGGAAGUAUCAAAAUUUUGAAUACACCCUUCCAUGCAAUCACAGAACACACUCCUCCUCACCUUUACUUUUCAUAGCACUCAAAUCACUUGCCGCCUACUAAAGUCUCUAAAUACUGUUUGAUUAAAAAAACAAGUUACCUUACAUAUAUAGAUAAAUGUUUAAAGAGGUAUAUUUGUUUGAAGAAAGCAGAACUCCUUCUGUAACAUAUACAAGCUAUUUUGAGCUUAUCAACAUAAGUUGCUAUAUCUUUUGCAAUAAAAUUGUCUUAAAGGCA